CCUAUAAACGCUGCGUUUAAGUCACGUAAGUAAAACCGAGAAGUGUUAGAACCACCGGAAGUGACACAAAAAGACAGCAGCCACCCAAUCUGCUACAAUCUAAACUAAACCCAUACGUGUCAUAAAAUCCCCAAAUCCGUACACCACCUUCUCAAAAAACAUCCAUCAGCUCCCUCACCACCGCCCUAUGGACACUCUCCUCCACACUCCGACCUCCAUGGCCAAGCGUCCCUGCCCCUUCUCCUCCGCCACUGCAACCACCGCCGCAACCAUGAGCCACAACCAAGUGGACAACCUCCUUCAAACAUUUCUAGACCUCGCCGACUCUCCCUCUCUCUCCAUCGACCUAUCGUUCGAGCGCCUCCUCGAUUUAUCUCCUCGUGACUCCGAUCAGUCUCUUCUCAUCGAUCGCGCGCUUAAAUUAGGUUCUAUACUCGUCGAAGCUGGGAAACGCUCCUCUAGAAAACGCUCUACUCAGCAUAACUCUCUGUUCUGGGCUCUACCGCCCGAUCUCACUAUCAAGGUGUUCUCUAUGCUGGAUACGCAGAGUUUAUGCUAUGCUGCUGCUUCUUGUUCAAUGUUUCAUAAAUGUGCUAUGGAUCCUUUGUGUUAUGCUAAUAUUGACCUGACUACUGUGGUUCCUAAAGUUAAUAAUGCUGUUGUUUCCACUAUGAUUCAGCGCGCCGGAAAAUCUCUUCAGUCACUUAAGCUUGGUAUAGUUCCAGGCCCAACUUCAUCUCCUGGAUCUCGCGAGGCAUUAGUUUAUAGCAUCAGGAAUUCUGUAGAUGUUUCUAACUUUUCGUGGAAUGAGAAAAGGACAAGACAAGGGAAAGAAUCAUCCAUUCUUAGUAGAUCCUGCCUGUACCCUUUGAGUGGGGAUACUGGUGCUGCAGGGACUCUUCUGAGGAGGUUGCACCUUUACAAUAUUGAAAGAAUGGACAUCGCAUCACUCUGUGGGGCAUUGUCAGCUUGUCCAUCUCUCUUUGACCUUGAAAUUGUUGGCCUACAUGUUGAGUUGAGACAAACAUUGGUAUCAGUGAGCACAAGUUGCCCCUUGAUAGAGCGCUUGUAUUUUGAGUCUUCAAAAACAGGUAGAGAUGAAAGUUUGAAAUCGCCAACCUGUGUGGACCUAGUAAAUAAUUGUCCAAAUUUAACGUCAUUGGCUCUCAGAGGCUUUAAGCUGCAUGAUUGUAAAGUACGCAUACUUGUGAAGGGAUUUCGCAAACUAAAAUACGUUGAUUUUUCAACAUCAUAUUCAAUUACUGGAAACUUUUUGAGGAACCUAGGAGGGAGCACAGGUGGGAGCCUUUUGGAGGUUUUGAUUUUACGAGACUGCAUGCAUCUGAGAGAGGUUGAAGUUGCUCGAUUGUUGGCAGCAGUUCUCACAGGAGAUUUCAAGUUUCUUCGACAUCUUGAUGUGUCUAAUAGAGAAGGUUUAGCUUCUGAAGGCGACUGGUAUCAUAGAUGUUACAGUUUAAGCACAAUAAAUAUAAAGCAGGUAUUAGAAGCAAGACCUGAUAUCUGUUUGCUGGCCGAGUUUCCGCCAGACGGAAGUUUUAUUGAUGUUGAACAAAUAAUUGACAGUGAGCUAAACAGUGAAGUCAGCCUACCGUCACAACUGAGCAGUCACACAUCAGAUGGUUCGCUAUUCAUGAGUACAUCAGAAAGCAGCUAUAACAGUGACCAGAGCAGUGGCAAUGAGGAGAGCCGAGAUUCUGGUUAUGCUUUUCUCGAAGAAAGCUCAGAUGAGGUGGACUUUUUGGGUGUCUAGGUGAACUUUGAUGUAUAGCAAGGUCUAAAAUCUGAGGCCAGAAAUGGAUUUGGGAGGAGGCUUUUGCUGAGAGCAAGCUGGAAGUGACUUGUGGUUGAUGAUAUAACUUGUCGGGAUUCUUUUGAGCAUGCUGUCUCAUCUCAUUUACGUCAAGUUAUUGCCUUCUUCGUGAUGACUUUGAAGCCGUUACCGUAAUCACCAAGAUGGCUAUACAUAGAAGAAGGGAAUCAUUAUCCACCUUCAAUUUUAUCUCCUAUUUUGAUCUAAUAUUCUGAGUGGGUUGGUCUAGCUGCUUCUCAGUACGGUUUCUUAUUUGUUAAAUCAUCCAACAUGAUUCUGGCUAAAUACACAAACCAUCAUGUACUCAAUAAUAUACAUUUGAAUAAAUACUAUAUAAUAUUUGAAUAUUGAAUUAUUUGAUA